AUGAAAAAUUCUCAAUCCACCUUUAAUACUUUUAAUUCUAAAAGUAGUUCUGAAAAUCAUUUCAAUCAUUUACCAAAAUCAUCAAAAUCACCUCUUGAAGAUAUGAACUAUUCAAAUAGUUCUUUUGAUCAAUUUAAUAGUCGUCCUAGUCAUGCUUUAAAUUUUACAAAUCUCACUUCUCUUAAUUCUUUUUCGAGUGCUAAUUAUAAUGAUAUUAGUAAAAAUCAUCAAAGGUAUAAACCACAAAAAUCUCUUGGCAAGUUGCCUAAUGUGUUUAAAAAGUUAUCAAAGGACUAUCAGCUUAAUUAUCAAAAGGCACUUCAAGCGUUAGAAGACUUACAAUAUAAUGAGGCUAUCUUUUUAUUUUCACAGAUUUUAAAAGAUUAUCCUCACAGUUAUUCGGUUAGAUGUGAUCGAGCUUAUGCUGAAUAUCAACUUGAAGAUUGGGAAGGUGCUGUUAAUGAUUUAAAUUACGCAAUUUCAAAAAAACCUAAAAAGAACUAUGCAUAUUCUCUUCGAGGUGAAGUAUACCGUCUAAGAUCUAUAUAUGAUAAAGCUUUGGUAGAUCUUAAUAGAUCAUUGAAAAUACAAAAGAGUAUUUUUGCAUUAAGAUCGCGUGCCGAAGUUUAUAGGGAAACUCAACAAUACAGAGAAGCUAUUUUGGAUCUAGAUUUAGCUUUAAAUAUAGAACCACAAAAUGUAUUUACUUUAGUACGUCGAACAAAAGUUUACUGUUUACUUGAACUCUAUGAUAAUUCGGUGAAGGAUUUAUAUUAUUCGCUUGAAUUGGAUAAAAGUAAUGCAGCUUCAACAUUGGCAGAUCGAGGUGAAAUUUAUCGAAUUGUAGGACGUUAUGACUUAGCACUUGCAGAUUUAGAAGCUGCAUUACGAUGUGAAGAAAAUAUAAUGGCAUUAGAACGAAGAGGAUUAAUUUAUAGAGAUUUAGAUAAAGAUCAAGAUGCUUUAUCAGAUUUUGAUAGGAUUUUACAAAAAGAGCCACAAAAUUUUAAUGCUCAUAAAAAUAAAGCAGAAGUUCUUAUAAAAAUGAAAAAAUAUGAAGAAGCACUUACACAUAUUCAUAUUACUUUACAAAUAGAACCUUUUGAUUUUCAAUUAUUAAAAAAUCAGGGUGAGGCAUAUCAUUCUCUUGGUUAUUUUGAUGAUGCCAUAAUAGAUUAUACAGCGGCAUUGAGAAUUGAUCCUAAUGAUGUAGAAAUACUUCAAAAAAGAGGAGAAAUUUAUCGAUUGCUUCAAGACUUUGAAAAAGCUUUAAGUGAUUUUUCAAGAGCUAUAGAAGUUGACCCUACAUGCGUAUAUGCAUUAGCUCGACGUGGAGAAGUCUAUAGAAUGACAAAACAAGGUCAUAAAGCAUUAAAAGAUUUGGAUGAAGCGAUUAAACUUGAUCCUGAUAACAUAAUAGCAUAUGAAAGCCGAGCGGUUUAUCGAGCCCUAAAAUUAAAUACAAAAGCGUUAUUAGAUCUAGAUCGAGUGUUAAAAAACGUAAAGGAUGGAGCUUUUAAUAUUGACCACAAAACUAAAACAUUAUGCAAUCGAGGGGCAGAUUAUAAUGCACUUAAUGAGGAUUUAGCAAAUUUGAAUAAAGCUUCAUUUAUGGAGCCGAAGGUUAUACUUGCGUUAUGCGAACGAAGUGCGGUUUAUUGUGCUUUAGGAGAAAAAGAGAAAGCGCUAUUAGAAUUGGAUAGGAUUUUAACAAUAGAACCUGAUAAUGAAUUCGCAUUACGUGAAAAGAAUAAAUUAUAUAGGGUUGAAAAUCAUGUGGUCCGUGAAUUUAUUGAAAAUAGCAAAUAA